AUGCUGGGGGAACUAAUAACUCUUUUCGGGUAUCUCCAUGGGAUACUUGCUUCUUCUGGCACCAUAGGAGCAGUGGUGGCUUGGCUGAUCAGCUAUAAGCCAGCCUUGUUUGGGUUCCUAUUCCUUCUGCUGUUGCUUAGCAACUGGCUGGUCAAGCAUGAACUCAAGCCCACCCCCUCAGAGCCCCCACAGGACAAAGUCCUUGAACGGCUUAUGUUCAGUGAAAUGAAGCUGAAGGUCUUAGAAAAUCAGAUGUUCAUUGUAUGGAAUAGAAUGAAUCACUGCAAGAGGUCAAACCGGCAGCGGACUUUUCCCGCGAGGAAGCACAGAAUAAGGAGGCAGGACUCAAUUUUCUCCAUCAACUCUGACUGUACUUCUAACUCCCCCUAA